UUAAGAUUCUAAUUUUCGAAUUCAUUUAAAUAAUAAGAUAUGUUUUAAAAUUUAAUUAAUAAAAUAAAAAAUUUGAUGAUGUAGAAAAUUAUAUUUUUGUUAGCAAUAAUUUUAAAUCUAUUUGAGGAUAUAAAUGGAUUACCGUAUAAUUUUACACACAGAGCUAAUUUAACUGUUUAUGUUGACGGGCAAAAUAGAGGAGAUUUAGCUAUUGGAUUAUAUGGGCAUGAAGCACCAAAAGCAGUUAUGAAUUUUUUAUCAUAAUGUGAAUCUAGAAAGGAGCAUAAAAACUUAGAGAAUAUUUUUAAAUUGAAUUUAACUGAUAUUGAGAAUAAAUUUUCAUUUACAAACAAACCAAUAUAUAAAAUUUAUGAUACUCAUAUGUAGUUUGGAGAUUAUUUCUCAGAAAGGAAUAACUGGAGAGGAAAUAUUACAAUAUUUGGAGGGUCUUAUUAUAGCGAAAUAAAUGAUUAUGAAACUGAAAUUGGUGCUCUUGCUUAAGAGAGACUUGAAGAAAAUGGGCACGUUGGUAGUGAAUAUACAAUAUUUUUAAAGAAAGCUUCUUUUGAUGGAAGGCAAUCACUAUGGCAUGUCUUUGGAGUUGUUUAUUAGAAUUUAGAUCUUCUAAAAUAUUUAUUUUACACUGCAAGUGAAAACGAUGGAACUCCUUAAAGAAAUAUUAAGAUUAUGAAUUGCAAAAUAACUUAAUACAAAUGA